ACAUGGGUUCACUGUUCUCUCGUGUUAAAACUCAAGCGAGUUCUGCCGGAGUUAAAUGUGCUGUGACUGUCCCGCCUCCUCAAAUCAAGCAAUGAAAACAAACAGCGGCUGACAUGACACACUUGAAUGAGGUCUAGCAGGUGAGCAGCCCAUUCCUCGACCAUUGUGCGUUUAUUAUCAUAACAGUCUGAACGCUUUGCACUUUAUAGUCAGCUUUAUAACCGGACAUCAGGAUGGUGAGCAGUCAGGUAAAGGCCGCAGGGCGCGAUAAGCCACCUGAAGACUAUUCGUGCGACGGGUCACCGCUGCCGGUAGAAUCUCCCUCAAGUGCAAAUGGACCGAAUCUACCGGUACCGAGCCAGAAAGCCAAGAACAGCUGUCAAACAGGACCAAAAAAACACAAGUCUACUUCUGAUAAGAAUUACCUCGGAGUCCGAGUGAGAAUGCCAGUACGGGACAUGCUCAGAAAUAUACGGAUAGCCAAGGGUAUUGACCCUAAAGAUCUGCAGGGAAAACAUUCAAAGACUUCUAAAGGGGAUAAGAAACGAGUUAACACGGGUGGAAACCGGAGACGUUUUCUGAAACAUCAAACAAAAAGCCUUGAGGAGCUUGCAAUUAUAGUAGAAGUGCUGGAGGAGGAUCUCAAGACCUGUCAGUCAAACAGAUUGCCAAACAAAAGCCCUUCAGCUUCAUACUCUUCUGAGUUCUGGUUUGAAGAUGCAUCUCCACAAGGUUUCUUGAACACAUAUGGCCAGGAAAAUGAGAUGCCUUUGUCUCCAAGCUACUCUGUACCCUCCUCAACCUCCCCUGUCCAUUCUGUGUCCAGCUCCUACCCAUCCCCAACUUACAGCCAGGGUGCCAAUGUCUUCUUUGGGAAUCAGGAAGACUAUAGCAGUUAUGAGACAGAUAAAUACAGGUAUGAUGAUCUAUAUGGAAUGAGCUGCUCUCCUGCCAACUCGUGCGAAUACCAGGUGCUCUCUCCACAAGAGUCAUUUAACGCCAGUCCCAACCCAGAAGUCUGGGAGGGUUCUUCUCAAAAGAUGAACUAUCCACCAUGGCCACAUUCUCAGCAGGAGGAGGAGUGGAGUGGUAUGACCUUCUUCUGGACUCAACUGGAAAGAGAGGAGAAUCUGCUGAAAGACAUAUCUGACCAAGAGCUUCUUGCCGUAGACGAAAACGGAAGGAUUCUUUUACACAGAGUUGUUGAGGAGGGAAAGAGAUCCCUUGUGUACGUUAUUGCCAGAAGGAUGGUGGCUCUGAAGAAACUGGAUAUCAAAGAUUCAGAGGGAAAGACUCCCCUUCAUCUUGCUGCACAGAAGAAUCAACACUUCAUGGUGGCUGAUUUGGUGUCACUUGGUGCAAAUAUCAAUGUGAAGGACCGAUAUGGGAAAACAUGUCUUCAUCUCAGUGCAGAGAAUGGAUAUAUUCGAGUCUUGGAGGUCCUGAAAGGUUUGAUGAGAAAUGGCGUAUAUAUUAAUUUGGAGGAAAGAGAUGCAAACGGUCUCAGUGCGUUGCAGUGUGCGGCAGUAUCUCUUAACCACACGGUGCGGGAGCUGGAGCUGUGCGAGUCUGCAGGACGGGUCAGACUGCACACCCUUCGCAAGGAGCAGAUGAUGGAAACGCUAGAGUGCCUCCUUCAAAUGGAGUGCUAUUUACACGCUCCAGAUCAGGGUCGCUUCAGUGUGAUGAAAAGAGCUGUGGAUUCGAAGCUGUGUGAACAAGCAACCUUCUUUCAGUCAAACGAAAUCAAGGAGCGGUUUGGCUACAUGCGCGGCUGCUUCUAGCAAGAGUUGUUUCUCUGUCAAGCCAGGCAGAGCUGUUAACUGACAGUAAAUGUUUUUGAGUGAAUACAAGCUUUUACCUGACAUUGAAGACAAAAUGUACAUACAUGAAGAGUUCAUUUGCAAAAACAGAUAACUCUGUUUUUUUUAACAGUUUUCAAAAAUCAUGUUUUUUUCAUUGUGCAUUCUGUGCAAUUAAUCUCAAUUAAACUGCAGUUGGGUUAUUUUGACUAGGUAAGAAAUAACUAAAAAAUACAGCUAACCCAAUAAAACAUAACAAUAAUGAAAAAUAAAAAGAACAUGAUUUUUGAAAAUGAAAGAAACUGGGUUAUCUGUUUUUGCAAAUAAACUCUUCAUAUAUACUCGUAUAUGCACACGUCACGUGUUUUAGUUAUCAGUAACUUGUUUUUUCAAAAAGGAGGAUGAGGAUAGUCUUCAAGUCAUGGUAAAGCUAUGUAUUAUGCAACUGUAGAUUUUGUUCAGUGUUCGGGUGAAAAGUGAGGAGCAAAAACACGAUGGUUGCCCAUUAGCUGGUUUCUGUGAAACUUCCAAUGUUAGUUACAUUUGAGUAGCAACAUGUUUAAAAAGGAUUAAAAAUGUGGUAAGACCUAUGAGUCUGUCAAAUGCCACCGUUCCUAUUUGCUCCAAGAGCAAAUAGUUUUGAUAUUGAGGAGACUGUAAUUUUUCUGUAUAUUGGUGUACAAAGGCAAAAUGCAGUAAUUGUGUCAACAAUGGAACUUAUUUUUUGUUUUGAUUGAUUUGAUGUUGUUUUUUUUCACUAAAUUGUUCUCUGAUUCUGAAUUUAAAAGAUUUUGACAAAAAAAGCAGUUCUUGUACUUUGCUUUUGCACAACAAUAUACUUGUAUGUUUCCUAAUAGCACUUACAACAAAAUAUAUACAUAUUGCUGGUGUUGUUUUCCCCUUUUGCAAAGUUGCAAGUGAAUUCUUAUUUUUAAAUUAAAACAUUUGGGGUCAGUAAGGUGUUUUUUUAAAGACAUUAAUAGAUCUUUUCAGCAAGGAUGCAUUAAAGUGAUCAAAAGUGACAGAAAAGACAAUUGGGAUGUUAAAAAAAUAUUUCUGUCAACUAAAAGCUGUUCUUUUUAACUUUAUAUUCAUCAAAGAAUCCUGAAGAAAUUAUAAAAGUUUCCACAAAAAUAUUAAGCAGCAAAACACAUUACAUUUGAGGAUAUUAGAAUGAUUUCAGAAGGUUUAUGUGACACUGAAGAUUGCUGAAAAACAUCUGUAAAUUCAGCUUUGCCAUCACAGGAAGAAUAUACUUAAAAAAAAAAAAAAGGAAAAAUGCUGAAAAUGGUCAUUGUAAUAGUAUUUCACAGUAUUACUGUUUUUUGUUGUUGUUGUUUUAAUUAAAUAAAUUAACUAAUAGCAGUCAUUGUGAGCACAAGAGGCUUCUUUCAAAAACAUUAAAACAUCUAACUGACUUCAAAUGUGUAUAUCAAUACGUUAUUUACUAGAGUGGUAUGAUAACCAAGUAGCAUUUAUUCUAUGAUGAUUUGAUUUAGAAAGUAUACUGCAUGCUAGUGUUUGAGGUGAAACGCUUAAAAUAUUCUUAUUAACUUUUAUGCUUAUAUGUAAGAAAACAAAAAAAAAACAGUUUCUUAUUGCUGGCUGUAAUUUGCAAUAAUGAGGAUUAUACAAAUAAUACAGAGUCAUGAGUGUGACCCUGAUUAGAGCUCUUCUUAAUAGUGUCUUUCUCUCAGACACAAUGAAACCUAUUUGUUUUGUGACUGUAUGGUGUUUCCAACAACAUGGUAUUUAGCAUAUUUUUGUAAUAGGUAACAGUAAUAUUCUUUAAUGUAUCUUAGAAUUCAUAUUUUGUGAUUUGUUCUCAUUUCUGUUUUACAUUAUUAAACCAACGAGCAUGUAACACUGUUAAUGUUACACGGGGAUAGCAAGGGUGAAGCAUAUAUCUUGUAUAUGAAAUAUAAUAGGGGUGCUGUAUGUAUAUGAUAUAUUCAGGGCUUAAUUUAUGUUUUAUUGCAAGACAUCUUAAGUAGUAUGUGUGAUUUUUUUUUUUUUUUUUUUUCAAAUAUGUGUUAACAUGAAUAUGGUUUUAAAACCAAAUAGACUUCUAGCAUGUUAUGGGAGUGGGUAUGAAUUAAGAUAUUUGAUUGUUUAUUUGUGGUCAUCUAUCUAAACUUAUUUUAAUUAUAAAUACUCAUAUCAGGUAAUACUCACUGUAUAAGAGUUAGGGUCAAUGGUUGUAUGUGAGUUUGUAUUGAACAUCCUCAUUAUAAUUAAAUGUGUUUUAUUUUCA